AUGAAUAAAUUCGUCGUCUUGGAAGAGUACGCAUCGGAAAAAGGUUCACUCCCAACGCGGUUGCAUUUUGUGCGAGAAAUUGGUGAAGGGCAGGGGUGGAGAAAGAAUCGACUCAAUCUGCCAGAUAGAUGUUACAUCGGUAACACGACAAUGGACCCUGAAUUGGCCUUGAUUCAGGCAAACAUCACAUCAAUUCGCGCCACUUCACUUGUUUUGGAUCCAUUUUGCGGAACGGGGGGUCUUCUCGUCCCGGCUGCCGAUUUUGGAGCUUCAGUUAUUGGAACAGAAAUCAACUAUUCGAUCGGUUUUGCGCAGGGGAAAUCGUCAAGACACGACAAGAAGUUGUUGACAAAUGAGUCGGUGGAGGGAAACUUUAUACAAUAUGGAACACGGGAUAAAUUCCUCUCGUUGAUCUUGGCUGACGCCUCACUACACGAUUUAUGGGCAGCAAGGCCGAUUUUUGAUGCAAUUGUCGCCGAUCCACCGUACGGUGUUCGCGAGAAAAGUCGUAAAAUUGGACCAAAGGAACGUAAGGAGCACUGGACUUUGCCGAAGACAGCCCCCGAAGAACAUCCAAAACACUAUCCAGAGAAGCAAACAUACAAUCUCGAUUCGGUUUUUUCGGAUCUUCUCGAUCUCGCGGCCAAAUCGCUUGUUGUUGGUGGAAGGAUUUCUUUCUGGUUUCCUGUGUUACUGGAGAAAUACUCUGACAACAUUUUACCGAUUCAUCCAUGUCUUCGACUGAUGACAAAUUGUGAGCAACGGCUGACAAUAAGAACAAGUCGACGUCUGCUCACCUACGAGAAAGAUCGAGAACCGUUUGAAGAUGAACGAGCGUCGACACGAAUGCUUCAAUUUGAGGAGAAAUCUUUUCGAGAAGUUGCCUUGCAGGUAAAGAAG